UGAUAUGGAUGUUGUAGUGGAUAUUAUCGCAAUCUCAUCCAGCUGGUUCAUCACCAAUCACUUCUUAGCGGACUACGUCACCGACUUCUCAUCCCAUCUUAUCUUCUCUGCGGCUAUUUGGGUUUUCUUAUCAAUAAGAGGGCUACAGAAACAUGAACUGAAUGUCAGAUAUUUGUACCAUACAGUGUGCAGCAUAGCAGCCUGGAGCGUGGUUUUUGUGAUAUUUGGAGCUCCGUAUGCUAAAAUGGACAACUUAAUGUCAGUAUCUCUACUUGCCAGUGUCUACACAUCACCCUACACUUCCUCUAUUAACUUUAAAAAGAAGGAGAGUUCCUCCAACCCAUCACUCUGCAUUGUGUUACUGUUUGGUUGGUUGGGAGCUGUACCCAUGUUCCUAGACUGGAACCAAGCCUGGCACACGUGGCCCAAUCCGGUGAUAUGGGGACUCACUAUGGGCCACAUUAUUGGGGGAAUUGUUAAUUGCUUUUGCGAAUUUGAUUAGAUGCAGAUCAAAUGUUAAUGUGAUCUACAUAUUUAUAUUUAAUUUAAAUGAAUAAUAUUCUCUCCCA